AUGGCACAUAGGUUCCUCUCAUCUACCAACAGAUUCAGCGCCAGAUUCGCCUUCAUAUUCACCGUGUCACUGUCUUGCACAUAUUUAUGCUACAGUAUCAUUUUUUGUCGCAGCACAAUCAUGACAAACCGGGGUUACGAGGGGAGAAGAUGCCCGCCGAGCAAGAACGCAGGGGGGAAGAAACUUCUUGGAAAUUCAGACAAUUGCGCUUCGCUGGAAGUCAGGUCCGCCCUGGAUGAGACCGCCGCACAGCGAGGAUCAAGUGAUCUCCGCGACCAAACUAAAGCCCCUGCCACGUCUGGAAGUCACUGGACUGACAUGAAGUUGAGAAACAUGAGUGUUGCGCAAAAAUAUGGGAAUAAGAAGCUGCCUAAUGCGUUAAUAGUCGGGGUAAAGAAAGGAGGCACCAGGGCGGUGCUGGAGUUCAUCCGGAUACAUCCAGAUGUGCGCGCACUCGGAACAGAGCCGCACUUUUUCGACAGAAACUACGACAGAGGGCUGGACUGGUACAGGGGACUAAUGCCACGAACACUAGACAGCCAGAUCACAUUAGAGAAGACUCCCAGCUACUUUGUCACCAGAGAGGCACCAAGACGCAUCUCCAGCAUGUCCCACGAGACCAAGCUGAUUGUUGUGGUGCGCAACCCAGUCACAAGAGCCAUCUCUGACUACACACAGACUCUUUCCAAGAAGCCCGACAUCCCUACGUUUGAAGAGCUGGCCUUUAAGAACAGAAGUUUGGGUCUUGUCGACACUUCCUGGAACGCCAUCCGGAUCGGGAUGUAUAUUCUGCACCUGGAGAACUGGCUGCAGUACUUCCGCCUGUCGCAGAUGCACUUUGUGAGCGGGGAGCGGCUGAUCACCGAUCCAGCGGGGGAGAUGGGCCGCGUUCAGGACUUUUUAGGACUGAAACGAAUAAUUACGGACAAGCACUUCUACUUUAAUCGAACCAAAGGCUUCCCCUGUCUCAAGAAGCCGGAGAGCAGCAGCCAGCCGCGCUGCCUCGGCAAAUCCAAGGGUAGGACUCACGUGCAGAUCGACCAGGAGGUCAUCGAGCAACUGCGGGAGUUUUAUAGGCCAUUUAAUAUCAAAUUCUAUGAAACUGUGGGACAAGACUUUAAGUGGGAUUGA